AUGUUAAAUACUUUGAAAUUACUGCAACGACCAUCUCAAAACCCGUAUGUUUGCUCGCCGAGCCUAUUAAAUUCAAUUCGAAAAAUUUCCCUUCGUCAGCGAAAUCAGCGUGACUCAACAUAUUAUGCAAUAAGCGUUGCUGUGCUAGCUGUGGGUGCAACUUUUGCUGCAAUUCCACUUUAUCGGAUAUUUUGUGAAAAAACGUCAUAUGGCGGUCUAACUCAGGUGGCAAAAGAUUUGGAAAGAAUUGCAAAGAUGGAAAAGGUGAAGGAUCGUUUAAUUCAAGUGCAGUUUAGCGCACAAGUUCCUUCAUCAAUGCAGUGGAAAUUCAGGCCUCUUCAACAGGAACUUUAUGUUCAUCCAGGCGAAACAGCAUUGGCUUUUUAUUCUGCAUAUAAUCCAACAGAUAGACCAAUUGUUGGUAUCAGCAGUUACAAUAUUACACCAUUUGACGCAGCUUUUUAUUUCAAUAAAAUUCAGUGCUUUUGUUUUGAAGAACAAAUAUUGAACCCAGGAGAACAAGUCGAUCUCCCUGUAUUAUUUUAUAUAGAUCCCGAUUAUGUAAAUGAUCCGAAUUUGGAAAAUUUAAACCAAGUUUUGCUCAAUUAUACGUUUUUCGAAUCAAAAGCAGGUCUUGAAUUACCAAACCCAUUUGACCGGAAUUUUCAGCAGAAGAUGAACCAGUAG